AUUAUUAUUACACUGUAAAAUAUUAAAAAAGACAGAGUAGAAAGAGUGAUUUGUUUAUUUAUUUUAUUUAGGUUAUGUAGCAAACAUAGACCAGGGUUUCACAACCUUCUUUGUCAGCUGAGCCCCUUCAGUCUAAAUUAUUUGCUUUAAGUACCCCGAGAUUUCAAGGAGGCUUAUCAAAUUUAACUUAAAACUUAAUUUUACAUUUUAAUAUUCCCUAGUGAUGGUCGCUUUUGAAACACUGUUUCAUGAAUCUUCGAAAUCAUCCUUUAUGAACCUUUUGUUUUGAAUCAGUGGUUCGGAGCGUGUAUCAAAUUGGGCAAGUCGUGUGAUUUCAGCAAAGGAGGCUUCAUUACAACAUUAUUGUUCGAACACUUCAAAGCAGUGAAUCAUUUUGCAAAGAAAUUGAUUCAACUGAGUCAUUCCAUGAAAAAUUUAUUCCCUGGUUGCAAAAUCCUACACUUAACAUUCCAAGGUGACGUCAGCACGAGUGAAUUUCCAAGAUAGCACCCAUAAAUACUGCAACACAAACACAAGACUGCAUUGACUAGCAGCUCAACAGACAGAAAGAGACAACCUCACAAGGACAACUUCAGAACGCAGUUUCUAAUCCGAGCCCAUUAACCACUGAAAUGGCUGACAAAGAUUUGUUAACGCUGGAAAGGUACUUUGACAGUGACUGUGGAUUUGAUUCAGAUGACAUGGAUUUUGACAAGCUGGACUGCUCUGAUCCUUUGGCCAUGAGCGGCAGAUGUGACCUGCACAAAGGACUCCGUAUCGAGGUCACCAAGGAGCCUCUUAGUAUGCGCCACGUUGCUAAUGUUGUAAUCGCUUUGCAGAGGCUGAAACUCACUCAGAAUAUUCAGUCCACGGAGUUCACCGACCAGGAGCUUUUCAAUGUCUUCAUUGACAAUGUGAUUGAAGAGAGCAUGGUGAUCAAUUUGAAGUGCACUGAAUCCAAGAGUUACAACCUGCAAGACAAGGUUGUGCGGUGCACUAUAUGUGACAAGUCUAAAAGGGCUUUGGUGCAGAAGGAAAAGCUUCCUCUUCUGCUGGCCUUUACUCUGAAGGGUGGAAAUAAGGAGAAUAAAGCAUGGUUCAACCUCUCGGCCUACACUCCACCAAACUGCACAGAAAACAAAAAUGGCCAGCCUGUAUGUUUGGGGAUUGUAAAGACCAAUCUCUUUCUCUCAUGCACACUGGAGAAUGAAACUCCUUUUCUAGGCUUAGAGGAGGUAAAAGACAAAGAGAGACUGAAGUCCAUCCAGGAGAAUGAUGGCAUGGAACGCUUCCUUUUCUUCAGAAACGGCACUGGUGACUCCCUUAACACCUUCGAGUCGGUCAAAUACCCGGGCUGGUUCAUCACCACCUCAAAGGAUGACGAUAAGCCAGUGCAAAUGUGUAAGCAGCAAUCCAGUCACCUCCAGCUGUUCACACUCCACGAUGAGACCGUAGUCUCUCAGAAUGAGAUCUGAUUCAGAAAACCAGUUUCCAGAAAGUAUGUACUAGGUACAAGUGUAAAUCCGGAGGCUCAUUUUAUGUUUAAGUAUAUCUCAGCUCCCGAAAACUUUCUGUUCUGUGCUUUUUUGUGGUUUCACAAUAAUCACAACAUGAGAACAGAAUUCUGUAUUUUUUAUAUAAAAAAAUUAUAUUUUGUGGGAUAUGUGACAGCUCUGUGUUUGUUUGAGAUUUCACAAUAAUUACAAAUGAUGUUUUUUAUUUAACUUUAUUUAACCUAUUUAUUACAAAGAUUGUAUUGUGUUAUAUUGACUAAUGUGAAUAAUUUAUUGUUAUAUUUAAAAGCCUAAUAAAAUAAACUUUUAUCAAAUGUGUGUCAGUGUAUGGGAUUUGCAGAAAGAUGAGAAAUCUUAGCUUAAUUUAGGCUCAAGGUGUGGGUGCAC